UACCCAUCUGAUGAGAAGAUGGCCGAUGCCCAGAACAUUUCGUUGGACAGUGCAGGGAGUGUGGGGGCCGUGGCAGUGCCUGUAGUCUUCGCCCUCAUCUUUCUGCUGGGUACAGUGGGCAAUGGACUGGUCCUGGCUGUGUUGCUACAGCCUGGCCCGGGAGCUUGGCAGGAUCCUGGCAGCACCACAGACCUGUUCAUCCUUAACCUGGCUGUGGCCGACCUAUGCUUCAUUCUAUGCUGCGUACCAUUCCAGGCUGCCAUCUACACGCUGGACAACUGGCUCUUUGGGGCCCUUGUCUGUAAGGCUGUGCACCUACUCAUCUACCUCACCAUGUAUGCCAGCAGCUUCACCCUGGCCGCAGUCUCAGUUGACAGGUACCUGGCCGUGCGGCACCCACUGCGCUCGCGGGCCCUGCGCACGCCACGCAACGCCCGCGCCGCCGUAGGCCUGGUCUGGCUGCUGGCGGCGCUCUUCUCGGCGCCCUAUCUCAGCUACUACGGCACUGUGCGUUACGGCGCGCUCGAGCUCUGUGUGCCCGCCUGGGAGGACGCGCGUCGGCGCGCCCUCGACGUGGCCACCUUCGCCGCCGGCUACCUACUGCCCGUGGCCGUGGUGAGUCUGACCUACGGCCGAACGCUGCGCUUCCUGUGGGCGGCCGUGGGGCCGGCGGGGGCGGCGGCGGCCGAGGCGAGGCGACGGGUUACGGGCCGUGCGGGGCGCGCCAUGCUAGCGGUGGCCGCGCUCUACGCACUCUGCUGGGGCCCUCACCACGUGCUCAUUCUCUGCUUCUGGUUCGGCCGCUUUGCUUUCAACCCGGCCACGUACGCCUGCCGACUGGCCUCGCACUGCCUGGCCUAUGCAAACUCCUGCCUCAACCCUCUCGUCUACGCGCUCGCCUCGCGCUACUUCCGCUCGCGCUUCCGCCGCCUGUGGCCCUGCGGCGCCCGCCGCCACCGGCGCGCCCGCCGCGCUCUUCGCUGUGUCUGUCCGGUCUCCUCGGGUCCUGUCGGCUACCCUGGGGACACCCGGCCUCGCGGGAGGCUGCCAGCGGACUGGCGCGGGGGCUCCGGAAAGGAGUCCGCGCGCCGCGGAAAAGCAGGACCAACGCAGGCACAGGAAUAA